AUAGAACAAGCAGAGAGACAAACGCACAGGCAUAACUGAAAGUAAAACACUGAGGACAAGACAGACCACAUAGAGGACAGGAAAACAUUCAUGAUCACAAAUAGUGAUGCAUGAGGCUUGUCAACCACAACAAUGAUAAUACUCCUGUUAAAAAUCACUGGCAGCUACAAAUUGAUGUUUCACAUCUUUAAAUUACCAAAUAUGUGUAGAUUCCUUAAUUUAUCUUUUUGUGUCUCUCAGGCUGGCCAUGGCUCUACUGAGCCAAAAGGUAACAGAAGAGGAGAUUCAAACCAUAAAAAGGCUCAUCAUGGGUCUGCUGGGCCACCAGAUGAUAGAACAGAUUCAGACCAUCAAACGGCCACUCAUGUGUCUGCUGGGCCUACAGAUGACAGAAGAGGAGAUUCAGAGCAUGUAAUGCAUAUUGCGAGAGAUAACACAGUCUACAAUGAUGGGGACACAGAUUGUUACUCAUCUGAUUCUGACGAAGAUGAAGAUCCUACGGCCAGUCAUCUGUCAGCUGGGAAAGCAGAAACCAAAGAGCACCAAGGAGCGACCAACUCUGCUUCAUCUGAUGAUGAAACUACAGAAGAAGAUCCGACAGAGCAGUUUUUCUGUGGAGAGAAGAAGAUAUAUGCUGGUUCCUCAGUCACAAUGGGAGCCCUCCUCCUGCUCCUCCUGGCGUUCAUUGUGAAGCACGGCUUGUCAAAAGCAGCAGCCAGAGAUCUCCUGCACCUCCUAAACUUGGUGGUACCCGGAUGUGUUCCAAAGUCGCUUCGCUUUUUAAAAAAGCAUUCGACUGAUUACAAUGGAAAGACUGAGAUUCACUUUUAUUGCCCCAGGUGUACAAACUACCUUGGUGUGGAUCCCGGUAAUGAGUGUAGUGUGUGCCAGCAGAGCUUGAGCAGAAAAUAUCUGAUCUUGAAGGCUUACUACUUCCUUGUAAUGCCGCUCGAAAUUCAGCUAAGAAACCUCCUUGCACGCUCCACUCAAAGCUUGGGAAGCAUUUCACGAGGGAUGAUUCCUUUUCUGAUGUCCACACUGGAAACGAAUACAAGAGUGAAAGACAAGACGGCAUUCGUCAAUCUGUGGUUCGACCCGCUUUAUGCCAGCAAGGACUUCCAUUUGACAGAUGAGCAUUUAAACGACCUGGACAGAGCCUUGUGUGAGAUCCAGCCACCAAAUGAAAUCAGCCAAAGUCCCAGGAGCCUCAAUGUUCAUUCCAUUCUGUUCCAUUCAAACUUCUCCACCACCAGGAGAAAGACCAAAGAGCUGUCAAAGGAUGUCAGGAGCAAGACUGUAGACCUGCACAAUGCUGGAAUGAGCUAUAAGACCAUCAGGAUGAAGUUUGGUGAGAAGAUGACAGCUGUUGGUGCAGUUAUGCAGAAGUUAUUGAAGACAUUUAAGAUGACAUUCAGUCGACCUUACCUCAUGGGGUGA